UUCCCCCUCCCCAAAAAAGCAUUGGAGAAGAGCAAGCACUGGGCUCCAUCAGUCCUUCCAAGGGGAGAAUAAACGGGUGCCCCCAUCCCCCUGCAGUCCUCCAAUGAUCCAGAUGGGGACUAUGCAGAGGCUGUGACAGGAGGAGGCCCUUGGGAGAGCAGGCUCCUGACUAUUGUGUAAGGCGGACACACAAGCAGAGCCAUCGCUGUGAUUAAAGGUUCAUCGCUAAGAAUUUAGCAGAUAUUUUUAAAUUCAAUUCUUUAUCUUGCCACAUGAAUUAUAAUGGCAUGCCUACAUGACACCCGCACCCCUUCUCCAUCCUUUGCCAGCCUACUGAUAGAUGGACCAAUCCGGAGAUUUGACACUGAUACGCCACCUGGAUGCACCCCAGAGCAAGAACUAACCCCCACACAAUGUGUUUUGCGUGAUAUGGUGCGGACAGAAGUGGCUCUUCCCCACGAGGAUUCAUCCUCUCCUCUUACACACAGUGUUCCUCAAGACCAACAAGAACCCGAGGACAGAGGUGGUGGAGGAGCAGCAGCUGGCCUGGGAGAUGAGCGGCCAUGUCGGGCUCUUGGGGAGGGACGCAUGCAGUGUCAGGCUGGAGUUGGCUUCUUGGGUGGACUGUUUGGCUGUCUGAAGCCAGUUUGGGCAAUGAUUGGAAAAACCUAUACUACGGAACACAAGCACGAAGAAGGCUCUUGGGAAGUGCCAUUUGAAGAGAUUCAGGACCUACAGUGGGUAGGCAGUGGCGCUCAGGGAGCCGUCUUCCUGGGGAAGUUUCAUGGCGAUGAAGUGGCUGUGAAGAAAGUCAGAGAUAUAAAAGAAACCGAUAUCAAACAUCUUCGGAAACUGAAGCACCCCAAUAUCAUCACCUUCAAGGGUGUAUGCACACAGGCUCCAUGCUACUGUAUCUUAAUGGAGUUCUGUGCUCAAGGGCAGCUUUAUGAAGUUCUUCGUGCUGGGAGGAAGGUCACCCCCUCCUUACUAGUGGAUUGGUCCAUGGGUAUAGCUGGAGGAAUGAACUAUCUUCAUCUCCACAAGAUUAUCCAUCGAGACCUCAAGUCACCAAACAUGCUGAUCACCUAUGACGACCUAGUAAAAAUAUCAGAUUUCGGUACUUCUAAAGAGCUGAGUGACAAGAGCACUAAAAUGUCCUUUGCUGGUACGGUAGCUUGGAUGGCACCAGAGGUCAUACGCAAUGAGCCCGUCUCUGAGAAGGUGGACAUCUGGUCCUUUGGAGUUGUCCUGUGGGAGCUUCUGACAGGGGAGAUUCCCUACAAAGAUGUGGAUUCCUCCGCUAUCAUAUGGGGUGUGGGCAGCAAUAGCCUCCAUCUUCCUGUACCAUCAAGCUGCCCCGAUGGAUUCAAGCUUCUCUUGAGACAGUGCUGGAACAGCAAGCCAAGAAACCGACCCUCUUUCCGGCAAAUUUUACUACAUUUAGAUAUUGCCUCUGCUGAUGUCCUGUCCACCCCACAGGAAACCUACUUCCAGUCACAGGUAGAAUGGCGGGAAGAGGUGCGACUACAUUUUGAGAAAAUUAAGUCAGAGGGGACAUGUUUACAGCGCCUGGAAGAGGAAUUGAUAUCACGUCGCCGCGAGGAACUCAGGCAUGCUCUGGAUAUUCGAGAACACUAUGAACGCAAGUUACAGAGGGCGAAUACACUAUAUGUGGAACUGAAUUCUCUCAUGCUUCAACUGGAGCUAAAGGAGAAGGAGCUUCUCAGGAGAGAACAGACUCUGGAGAAAAAACAACCAGCCAUUCUGCGACAGCAACCCCGACCAUCAAGCACUGUGGAAAAACUAAUCAAGAAAAGAAAUGUACCUCAGAAAUUGUCGCCACAUGGAAAGAGGCCAGAUAUUUUGAAAUCUGAUGUGUCUAAAGACUCUAUCCUGUCCCCCUCAACACCAUCUGGUUGCCAGAAACUGCCACCUUCUCCAGGACGUGGUCGUCGGGGAAAGCCUCGUUAUCGUAAAGCAAAAGACAUGGUCAACCUGAGGGCAGCAGUGACUCCAGAGCCAACGCCACAAAGUCAGCCACCACCUCGUGACCCACACCCCUUAUCUUCUUCCAGCCCCGAUCUGCUUUGUACCCCUUUGGAAGCAGAGGCUCGUAGAGGCAGUCAAAGUGCAGAAUGUUCUCCAGUCCGUUCACUGCCUGGACCACCAAGCCCCGACUCCCCCUCAGGAAGAACUUCUGGGGGCAGAGCAGCUAGAGGUGGACAACAUCUGACACCAGCAGCAAUGCUCUACAGAGCUGCUGUAACUAGAAACCAGAAGCGAGGUGUGUCCUCUGAAGAGGAAGAAGGAGAGGUGGACAGUGAGCUGGAGAUGGAAAGGAAACAAAGGUGGCAAGCAGGGAUGUCCCAGCAUCAGUCUCCAAGUUCAGAAAACCUAUCAGAUGGGGAAGAAGGGAACACUACAGAUCUCUCUCACAGUGUCACCCCUGAUGUGCUCAGCACCAACACUGACGAACGUCCAGAUGAGCGCUCAGAAGACCUUGCAUCCCAAAGCUCAGAGCCUCCAUUGGAUCUCCUGACCCAGUCUGAUGGCCUGUCUGAAAAAGAAGCUGUAGUGCAGAAGGUGAAGACACAGCUUAGCAACGAACAAACGGCAGCAGAGAAUGUCGUUCUGUACGACGACUCGGACUGCGAUAGCGCCGAACUUGACCAUUCGCUGACUGCAACAACUUCAUGAUUGCAGAGUAAAGAUACCUCCUGACUGUAUAUAAAGGAAAUGUUUAUAUAAAUAUUAUCUAUAAAUAUAAUACAUAAUAUGUGAAUAGACUGAGCCACACCCCCAAACCCACACAUCCUUCAUUUCCCACCCAAUGACAACACAUACACAACCCUUCGCUCACCUAGCAGGGGAUCAAAGGUUUGGAAGCACUGGAAAUAAAAGCCUGCACAAAAAAGCAGACAAAGACUACUAAAUGAUGGAUUCUUGCCUGUUAAUGGGAGUUAAUGGGCACUAAAUGAAAUGUUACUGUACAGCUACAGGAGGUGGUGUGGUUUAAUCUCACAGAUUACCUCCUGUCAUUGAUGAACCACGCCAGGUUUUUAUUUAGUGGUUCAGUGACUGUGGAACUCAAUUUAAAGGACCACUGUAGUUUAAAUUUAAAAGUGAUCCCAUAUGAAGUGUCAUCUUGUAACAUUCACAAAUGUUUUUACAAAAUGAAAUGUAGAUAUUUAACACUGCAUGCCUAAUUUGUCUUCUGUGCUCUCCCACGAAUGGAGAAGAGGCUUGCCGCACUCUGUGGAUCUCUAUACUGUUUUGGCAUACAUAUAGAAUAAAAAUCCUCCACUGAAAA